UCUUGCGUCCUCACCGGUCUCAAAUUUCGGUAUAUCAUCACCCUACUAUAAGUGACGAUUUGGUGAUGAUUGCAUGACUCGGACACCCAGACUGUCCGUUGCAUCACACGAUGCGCUUCUCGCCCGUCUUUAAGUCCUCACCUCACUGUCUACCCAGUCCGGAUGGAACUCUCAUUGCUACCUUGUUUCUCUCGAGCAUUAGCAUCAGAGCGGUUGCAUCCUUGGCCACAGUUCGUAGCAUCAAGCUACCUGCAGAUUUAGUUGGUGUAACCGCCUUCAUAUGGUCACCGUCGUCCAAACGGCUUCUGCUGGCUGCUAGCGAUCAGAUCCACGUUUUCUCGGCGACAGGGGGAGACUACCAUGCCAUCAUUCGGAAUCCGUCUUCGUCCACCGGCAAGUCGACAUUUGUCGACUUUGGGGCCACAGACGAUGAGGCUUGCGUCUACUCCGCGUUUGGCAUCAAGCUGUCUAUCUUCAAUCUCGCUUCUUCCAGAGCAGUGGAGAUCAACAACCCCAAGUUCUACAAUGCCUCAACUGCAGCCCGUGGCUUCUCUUUUCGCCCACGCACCCAUCACCUAGCGUUGCUUACGAGAACGACGGGAAGGGAUACGAUAAGCAUACAUGCUCCAGGGACGAGAGAGGUCCAACGAUCCUGGAACCCUGACACUAUUGAUGCAUCGGGCCUCUCCUGGACAUCGGACGGCUCCUGGUUGAUUGUUUGGGAAUCUGCAGCCCAAGGUCACAGAUUAUUGUCCUACACAUCCGAUGGACACCUCUUCCAGGAAUGGUGCGGGCCCCGCCCGCAUGCACCAGACGACAUGGAUCUACGACUCGGUGCUGGUAUCAGAUUUCUUACCUUCAGCCCCAAUGGUCAGUUUGUUGCCGCCGCCGAUUCGAGUAGGUGCGUUUACCUGCUGUACACGGCGACAUUGGCAGAGCAUUUGCAGCUAUGUCACCCCUUGGUGAUCGAACCUCGGGAUACCCUUCAAAUCUGGCAAGAGCAAAGAAGACUGUCCAAUACGAACGUAUCUCUACCCACGUUUCUCAGGACCACGCGAGCAGUAUCUCCACCGGCGCGGCCGCCACAGAGCUCUCAGAGUCUGCCCACAGGAGGUGAAAAUGCCCAGUUCGACAGUUCUUCCUCUUUACUUGCGACGAAGCUCGAGGAGGCGCCCACCACGGUUUGGAUCUGGGACGUGGCAGCAUCGGAACUUCGAGCGACUCUCAUAUUUCAUAGCCAUAUCUCGAGGGUCGACUGGCACCCCGUUCAUCCCGAGCUCCUCUUCAUCAAGUGUGAGGGGCCUAUGUACGGUGGCGUCGUAUUUGUCUGGGAUCCUUUAAGCGAUGGCCCACGACCGAUCGAUUUCAGAUCCCGCAUCCCUGACGGCAAGAUUAGCGGAAGGGUCGCCGCUUCAUGGCUAAGAUCAAAAUCCGAAGAGGAAACCGCAACGGUGUUCUUUGCAGACAACCUAGCUUACUUGCUCGGUUCUCCUGCAGAGUCUGGAAAUGACAUCGUUCCCUGGCAAGCCGGAGCUGUAUCGGUCAAUCAGGAUCGAUCUGCAAAUCUACCGUCGCACCUCAUGUCCGACCCUCAUUGCCCCGCUGAAGAAAGCGACGCCCACGAGACGGACAUGGUUGAAGACGUGAGCGAUGUGGACGACACUUUUCACUUUAAGAGGAAUAGUUGAUUCGCUACACUGCGUUUGGUGGCGCUGUUGUCACUGCAUACCGCAAAUGACGUGUCACAAAUGGCCAUUAGGCCUUGUCCCGCGGCUCUUUUUGAGGUGUUAGCGCCUAGCUUGCCGGGGAAUACUUCCGGCUGCAGCAGAAGCCCUGCUGUCACCUACGACCACCACAGUUGCAUCCACGCAUACUGGUCAAGAACAAGCAAAGGAUUGUCACGUUCUUCGCAGAUAUGGUAUCGAGCAAGGUAUGUGUUCACUUGGUGCCCCUUGCCUAACGGCCACACCAUCAGGCAUACCCUAAAAAUACCGUCUCCAAUCUACAUUUGGCCAUCACUUCGUCUCUCUUCUCCCGAAAGGGCUUUGCAUGUCCUUG